AGUGUCAAGUCCAGCUGUAAAUACCAUACAGAAUAAUUUGAAAUUAAAGAAAUAGAUAAAUAAUUAAAAGUUAACCAAUCAAACAAAGAAUUAUUGUAAAAAUCGUGUUAUAUUGUAAUACACAUCAAUCUAUCCUAUUUUAGUUAUUGUUCAAAUCAAAACAAACAAUUAUUAUUCUAUAAUAACAGAUAAUGCAAACAUUUAGUAAAUAAUUACUCUGUGAUGCCGACAUGCAAUUAUUAAAUGUUACACGCUAUUCAAUAUUUUUCAUUUGUUAAAAGUGCCUUAAAUCGCCGGAGCUAGAAGAAGAUACUUAUUAAUUCCUCAACUAUUAGACAAUGGACGAUUCAGAAUUAAACGCAUCGGAGUUGGGAACAUUUGAUUACUGGCAGAAAGCGUACACGACUGAGAUAAUCAACUAUGAUGAACACGGCGACCCUGGUGAAGUGUGGUUUGGUGAGGACAGUGCGCAGAGGGUUAUCGAUUGGAUAUCAACUAGUGGGAUCGAUAAGGAUAUUUCUUUUGUUGAUUUAGGUUGUGGCAAUGGAUAUUCCUUGCUGGAGCUAGCAAGACGAGGCUUUACCAAUCUAAUAGGUGUUGAUUAUUGCCCUGAAGCUAUUAUGUUAGCUAAGAAGAUCACAAAGGAGGAGUUUCCAUCAAUCAAAUACAAGCUGUUUGAUAUAAUAAAAGAUGACCUAUCAAAUCUUGGUACAGAAUAUGGCAUAGUUCAUGAUAAAGGAACCUAUGAUGCAGUCAGUUUGAAUCCAGACAAUCCAAAGGAGAACAGACAGAAGUAUCUAGAACAAGUGACAAAUAUGCUAUCUAACAAUGGACUCUUCGUCAUAACAUCGUGUAAUUGGACAGACCAAGAAUUAAUACAGCACUUUUCGGAGAAGAUGAAAUUGAAAUGUGUUAUACCAACGCCACAGUUCAAAUUUGGCGGGAAAGUCGGCAGUGUCAUAUCAUCUGUGGUAUUUAUUAAAAAAUAA